CAUUUUCUGGCGAUAUACCUGCGGUCAUACUUUAAAAGGCGCGCAUGUCCCGAUUGAAAAAUAUAACUAUUUAUCCCUAUUUAUCCUGAAAGUUGGGAAAAAAAUAUAUUGGUAGUGCUGCUUGAGAAUUAACUGGAAAAUAUAGUUAUGUCAAGUCAGUGACAGGGUGAGAAAAUCAUAUCAACGGUUAAUUCGCACGUAGAACUGCGCUUAUUGGCCAUCGAAGGACUCCCUUGGAAGAUAAAUAUCGAUUUUUGGGACGCUCGUAAGGAACCCCUGAGAAAAACCCGAAGAAACUGCAGAAAUGGCUUAUCGCUUGAAGGCCACCAAAUGUCCCACGGACGAGCUUUCGCUUACCAAUCGGGCGAUAGUGAAUGUGGGUGAUUUUCCGGAUGAAGUUAAGUAUGCGGACAUAUCGCCCGCCGCCGGGCAGCACUUCAUCUUCGCCUUGGAGAAGACCGUCGAGGUGCCCAGCGGCUAUGUGGGCUUCUCCUUGGUCCAGCGCAAGUGGGCCAUGGUGUCCAUCAACCAGGAGCUGGAGGUGCGUCCCUAUCGCUUCGAUGCCAGCUCGGAUGUCAUCACCUGUGUGUCCUUCGAGACGGACUUUCUGCAGAAGAAGACUGUCUCCCAGGAGCCCUAUGAUUCCGAUCAAAUGGCCAAGGAGUUCAUCAUGCAAUUCGCUGGCAUGGCUUUGACCGUUGGCCAAUCCUUAGUUUUCAACUUCAAGGACAAGAAGCUCCUCGGCCUGGCCGUCAAAUCCCUGGAGGCCAUCGAUCCCAAGAGCCUGGGCGAGGGCAAGGAGCCCGCCAUGCGGAACGUACGCUUCGGCAGGAUCCUCGGCAACACGGUGGUUCAGUUCGAGAAGGCCGAGAACAGCUCCCUGAAUCUGCAGGGCAAGAGCAAGGGCAAGGUGGUCCGCCAGUCGAUCAUCAAUCCGGACUGGGACUUUGGCAAGAUGGGCAUCGGUGGUUUGGACAAGGAGUUCAACUCCAUAUUCCGGCGGGCCUUCGCCUCCCGUGUCUUUCCGCCUGAGCUCGUCGAGCAGCUGGGCUGCAAGCAUGUCAAAGGAAUCCUCCUUUAUGGACCACCCGGCACGGGCAAGACUUUGAUGGCCCGCCAGAUUGGCACCAUGCUGAAUGCCCGCGAACCGAAGAUCGUCAACGGGCCGCAGAUCCUGGACAAGUAUGUCGGCGAGUCGGAGGCCAAUGUGCGGCGCCUGUUCGCCGAGGCCGAGGAGGAGGAGAAGCGUCUGGGCCCGAACAGUGGUCUGCAUAUCAUCAUCUUCGACGAAAUCGAUGCCAUCUGCAAGCAGCGCGGCUCGGUGGCCGGAAAUAGUGGUGUCCACGACACCGUCGUCAAUCAGCUGCUGACCAAAAUCGAUGGCGUCGAUCAGCUGAACAAUAUCCUCGUGAUCGGCAUGACCAAUCGCAGGGACAUGAUCGAUGAGGCGCUGCUGCGACCUGGUCGCCUCGAAGUCCAGAUGGAGAUCAGCCUGCCGAAUGAGCAGGGUCGCGUCCAGAUCCUAAAUAUCCACACGAAGCGAAUGCGCGACUUCAACAAGAUCAACGACGAUGUGGACAACAAGGAGAUCGCUGCGCUGACCAAGAACUUCAGCGGCGCCGAGCUGGAGGGUCUGGUGCGUGCCGCCCAGUCGAGCGCCAUGAAUCGGCUGAUCAAGGCCGAUGCCAAGGUGACCGUCGAUCCGGAGGCCAUGGAGAAGCUAAAGGUGAAUCGAGAUGACUUUAUGCACUCGCUGGAGAACGACAUUAAGCCGGCCUUUGGCACGGCCCAGGAGAUCCUGGAUAAUAUGCUGGCCCGCGGCGUCAUCAACUGGGGCACUCCGGUUAGCAAUCUGCUCGAGGACGGUAUGCUCUAUGUGCAGCAGGCCAAGGCGCCGGAAUCCAGUGGCCUGGUCUCCGUCCUCGUCGCCGGAGCACCCAACUCCGGCAAGACGGCGCUGGCCGCCCAGCUGGCCAAGAUGUCGGACUUCCCGUUCGUGAAGGUCUGCUCGCCCGAGGACAUGGUCGGCUACACCGAAUCGGCCAAGUGCCUGCACAUCCGCAAGAUCUUCGACGACGCCUACCGCUCCACCCUCAGCUGCAUUGUGGUGGACAAUGUGGAGCGUCUGCUCGACUACGGUUCGAUUGGGCCGCGCUACUCCAACAUGACGCUGCAGGCGCUGCUGGUGCUGCUCAAGAAACAGCCGCCGAAGGGCCGCAAGCUGCUCAUCCUCUGCACCUCGAGUAGGAGGGAGGUUCUCGAGGAGAUGGAGAUGCUGACGGCCUUCACCUCGGUGCUCCACGUGCCCAAUCUCUCCCAGCCGGAUCACGUUUUGGCCGUGCUCGAGCACACGGACAUCUUUAGCAAGGGCGAGAUCCAGGCGAUUGGCAAGAAGAUGGCUGGAAAACGCGUCUUCAUUGGCAUCAAGAAGCUCCUGGGGCUAAUCGACAUGGCACGACAGACGGAGCAGUCGCAGCGGGCCAUCAAGUUCCUGUCCAAGAUGGAGGAGGAGGGCGGCCUGGACAUGGUGGCGCGGCAGUGAGGGAUAUGAAACUGGAUGUGCCCGAAUGCAGUCUCAAUUAUUAGCUUCUAAGUGCAUAAAAAAAGAGAGAGAGGGCCGGAGAUGACUCCGAAUCAGAAGCGUUCCAGAACUCCAUGUACACGUAUACACCGCAAACUUAUACUAGUCAAAUAUAUACAGAAGAUAUAUAUAUACAUACAGAUAUAUGAAUAUACGAUCCAGGCUUCGCGUUGUUUGUUCGGUCCCAAAAGCCCAGUUGAAAGAAAAUCCAAUCCGCAUCCCGGAGGAGUUUCCCAUGUUCCCGAGUUCUCGUUCGCCCCCACAGAGCUCAAUCAAAUCAGACAGAUAUGUGAGACCCGUGACCUGAAGAGGAUGGAUAGAGCAUGUUAAGCAUAAUACAGCUAAAUGGACAGAUACUCAAUUACAUUUAUAGCAAAAGACACGCGUAGCUAAAUAACUCGUUAAUAGCAUGAUAAUCUUUCUCGUUACCUUUAAUUUUAGGAUUCGCUUCAGUACAUUCUCAGAGCGGCAGAAAACACCAAUGUUUGUGAACGUUUUCAACUAAUUAAUUGAAUAUUUAUUAAAUCAAAUACUGUUAACCGCCAAUGUUAUACAUAUAUCUUAAAUAAAGAUAACGAUCUCAAAUUCCAUCUUA